ACAUAGAAACAGAUGUAUGAGUCGCUAUUGAGCCUGCUUAUGGGCGACUAAAUAAGAUAAUAAAGCUGGACAAAUUUCCCCCACUGUACCCCAGUAGAUUUAGGGGUGAGUCAGUGGAAGUGAUUCGCAGCGGGCGAAUGGUUAGUUCAAGAUGGCGACUUCCCACAUUUGUUCUUGUUUCGGCAAUUUUGGGCCAAGAUACAAACGACUUGUCGAUAAUAUUUUUCCAGCAGAUGCAAGGAGCGGUCUCGUGAAAGCCAACAUGGAUAAGUUGAUAUUCUACGCGCUUUCUUCGCCGGAAAAGCUUGACCGAAUCGGGACUUACCUAGCAAGGAAGCUAACGAGAUUUGUUGAUAGGAAACGGUACGACUUUGUUCGGAUAUCCAUGGAAGCCUUAGAUUUACUGCUAAUGGCCUGUCACGCCCCUAGCUUGAAUCUCUUUGUGGAAAGUUUUCUCAGAAUGGUGCAGAAACUUCUUGAAAGCCCAGAGGCAGAGUUACAAGUUCUUGGAACUAGUUCCUUUGUAAAGUUUGCCAACAUCGAAGAGGAUACCCCAUCUUACCACCGGCGGUACGAUUUCUUCGUCUCCAAGUUUAGUGCAAUGUGCUGGAACGACAAUGAAAACCAGAAGCACAGGCAGCAGAUUCGGACCUCGGGUCUUAGAGGACUUCAAGGGGUUGUUAGAAAAACGGUUUCGGAUGAUUUACAAGUCAAUCUUUGGGACAAUACACACAUCAGCAAAAUAGUACCGUCCUUGUUGUUUAUUCUGGAGGAAAGUGAGAAAUCGUUCAACGAAUUUCAGAGUGAUGACGAUCCAGCUCAUAUUGCAGAGGCCUGCUUGAGAGAGCUGAUGAGCCGAGCAAGCUUUGGUAACAUUAAAUCUGUGAUAAACCCUGUAUUGAACCACCUUAAUAGCAGUGAAUUAUGGGUUCCUAAUGAGUUUGCCCUGAAGGUUUUCAAGAUAAUCAUGUUUUCUGUCCAGAACCAGUAUAAUUAUGUUGUUAUCCAGAUGUUACUUAGCUACUUGGAUGCAAGCUCCAAGGAGUCGGCAAAGAAAAAAGCAGGCGUUGUCAGCGUGCUAGCAGAGUGUGUGGGUCUUGCUACAGGAUCCUCUAUUGGUCCAGCAGUACUGGAAGUGUUUAACACAUUACUGCGCCAUUUAAGAUACUCAGUAGAUGCGAGGUUCAACUCCUCUGGCCAUGGUUGCAAACUAGAGGAUGAGAUGGAUUUUGAGCAGUCUAUUGUUCAUACUAUCGGAGCAUUUGCUGCCUUGCUACCUGAUUUUCAGAAGACAGAUGUAAUGUUAUUUAUCAUGGACAAAUUCCCGCAUCGAAAUACCAAUCAGCACACUUCAGAUCGGCGCUCACUGAGAUUUACAGAGAGUGAUGUUGAAUUACAGAAAAUGUUGCUACACAGUUUACGCCAAGUGUCUGUCAGCUAUAACCCCACAUCGCUCUCUGCAGUAUUCUCACCAUCUUUCAUGGAUGCGAUUUUCCAUGCAGCUAUCGUAGAGAAUCCAGAAGUUCGUCAGCUUGCACUUGAAGUGAUCUUUGCACUUAUAGAUCGCCACAACAACAGCAAAAAUCUAGGGCUAAAUGGAAUGUUGAAAGAUGGCAAAGAGAUUCAGUUGAAUGUUGAGAAAUGUCCAAAGCAGGACUUGAUGUUUUUCCAGAAGUACCAUGACCAGAUAAUCUGGUAUCUGUAUGAAAGUGCCAGCAUGAGAACCAAUAAUGUUAGUAACAUCUUGGCUAUCUAUGUUACAAUGGCAACUAUCAGCACAGAGAUGAGUGAGAUGGAAGUGAUCUCCCAACUUGUUCCACUGGUGUUUGGUUUCCAGAAUAUGGCAAUGAAAGAGGAGUCUAAGAUUUCUACUGCAUGUCGCUGUGCUUUACAUGCAGUUGUAGCAGCUUUUUUGAGUCUUGCAGCACAAUUACUCAGACUAGAGACACUGAAUGAUUAUGCUGAAGAGGUACUGAGGUCAAGAGAGAGAGAAGCAAGCUGGUUGGUUCCUCAGAAAGCUCUGACUUCUGAGAAGAUCCAGCUGACCAGCUUUAACUUUCCAAAUCACUUGUUGUUUGAUGUAAACAAGGUUUAUGAGAUGUUUAAAAAGGCUGGCUGUGAUUACAAGGGGAUUAGAGUAGCUUACGAGCAUCAAGAGCUGUCUGGUGUCCUGGCCAGGACAUCUUCUCCUGAAAGCAUUGUUUCCUCAGUCUCAAAUGAACUGGAUGGGCAGCCAUCAUCUGGAGGAACACGCCCAUCUACGCCUAUGGAGCAUAUCACCUUUCAAAUUCUUAAGGGCAUUAUCUCUGACCGACAACAUGUGAAUGGGACAAACAUAGAGUCACCAAAGUUUGCAGAGUCCAGUUUUAAUGAGAUCGCUGAUAUAGCAUCAUAUCAACUUCAGGAAUUCAAUAGUAAACUGGAUAAUGUCUUAGAAGCAGCACUAAUACCGUUGACAACUAGUGCUCUCAGCAUAUCCACGGUCAGCAUAUCAUCCGUCCCAGGAGACGACACAUUUGAACUGAAGUUUCCUCAGGAAUAUAUAUACUAGAAUGAUGUGCUUUGGCAGGAUUUUAUGAAUUCUUGGUGUUCUUGGAAAGGUAAUUUCACAUAAUAUUGGAUAGGGGUGGGUAAAUGUCUCAUGAAAUGAUGAUCUAUUUUAGUUCACCUCUCAUAUUUAGCGAUCAGGAUAAAUAUUUUCUAUUGUCUUCCAAACUUAACAGUAGAGUAAAUUCAUAUUCACGUUGGGGUUAUGAAAUUCACACUUGCAGAAUAACUCAUUAAAGAGACAAAUUUAGUUUAAUUAGCUUUGCAAGUUUUAUCAGUCGUGCAGUUUGAUUAUAUGAAUAUGAAUUCAUUGUACUUCCAAGAGUUGAAGAUUGAAUUCGGAUAAAAAUAGCUUGGCAGGUGCUUUACCAAAAAUAUGAAUAAGAAGAUAAAUAAACAAAUAGGAAGCAGUGGUAUUAUUUAAGAGGUGGGUUGUGUAUAAUCAUGUCAAUUGCUGUAUGUUACCUAGACUAAAUCGAUAGGGAAGAAAAGGAUUUUAAAUUUAUGAAAUAAAUUUGAAAGCUUGGGUAAAA